AUGAGUCAAACUGAGCUGAAAAAUAGAAACUCACCAAUGGAAUAUUCCUUGACGAAACACCUUUUUUUUGAUAGGCUUCUGCUUAUUCUUCCCAUAGAAUCUAAUCUAAAGACGUAUUCUGAUGUGGAAGCAGAUCCGGUUUUCAAUUCGUGCAGGACUAUCAUUUUGAACAUAGCGAUCACAAAGGAUUUGAACCCGAUCAUUGAAGACACAUUAAGCUUAAUCGACUUAAUUGUCCAAGAUGAAGAUAUAACUUCUGACAACAUUACUGAUGAUAUUGCCCACUCUAUACUGGUUCUCUUGAGAUUAUUAAGUGAUGUUUUUGAGUAUUUUUGGGACCAAAAUAAUGACUUCAAGAAAAUUAGAAAUGACAAUUAUAAGCCAGGUUUUUCUAGUCACAGGCCAAAUUUCCAUACAUCUAGACCAAAGAAUACAAGGAUCAAGCCAACUUUAGCAACGACCUUAUUAUGCAGAAUUUCUAAGCUAAAAUUCAAUACAAGAACUUUGAAGGUUUUAGAAAACAUGUCUCAUCAUCUUUCUGGUAGUGCUACUAUUUCAAAAUCAAGUAUUUUCCCCGAUGCACAAGAGUUUUUAAAGAAGAGGAACUAUCCAGCAUAUACCGACAAGAUAGACUUAACAAUAGAUUAUAUUCAGAGGUUUAUAUCUGCCUCUAACCAUACAGAGUUCACGAAGUGUGUCAAGACAAAGGUCUUUGCCCCUUUAUUGAUAUCACAUACAUCAACCGAAUUAGGCGUGGUAAACCAUCUCGAUCUAUUCGGUUGUACAUAUUUGACCGACAAGAAUUUAUUAGCAUAUUUGGAUAUGUUACAGCAUUUAUCAAGCUAUAUGAAAAGAACUGUAUUCCACUCCCUUUUGUUAUAUUAUGCUUCUAAAGCUUUCUUAUUUUGGAUAAUGGCAAGGCCAAAAGAAUACGUUAAAGUCUAUACCAAUUUAAUUUCGUCUGAUUAUAAUAGUCCGUCUUCUUCAUCUGAUAAUGGUGGAUUGAAUAAUUCUGAUAGGACGUCUAUAUCUCAACUAGUCUCACUUUUAUUUGAUGAAGUUUAUUCUACCUUCAACGUAUCAUCACUAUUAACUAAUGUCAACAAUGAUCACCAUCACCAUAUUCAUCAUUCUUCCUCUUCAAAGACGACUAGCACUAACAGUCCGAACUCCGUAUCAAAAACGUCUUUGAAGCAAUCUAGUAUGAGCGUUUCGGGAAAUGUCUCUCCGUCACAGUUUUCUACGGGGAAUAAUUCCUCUCCCCCCCCUGUGCCAUCAUCAAGUUCACCUUUAAAUUCGAAUACUACAGCUCAUCCAUCAUCUCCAAUAGCGUCGACACUAAUGCACGCCAAUACUGCUACGUCUACUACAAGUGCAACAAGUAAUAUUGAUUUAGAUACCCCAACUAAUGCAAAUACCAGUACUAAUAAUUAUAGUAAUACUACCGCUAAUUUUAAUAAUAUUCCACAACACAUUUUUUCCUUGGAUGACGUUUCAUCAUAUAAUUCAAGUAAGAAAUCCCUCAAUCUAGAUGACAGCAACUCCUCGUUGCUUUGGGAUAAUUCCCAACAAUCCAAUGCAUCCAUGGCAAAUUCAAAUGUACAUCCAAGACUGAAUAAUUAUCAGCCUCAGAAUGUACAUUCUUCUUUAAACUAUAUGGAAAAUAUUAUGGAGUUAUAUUCCAACUACACCGGGUCGGAAUUAUCUUCUCAUACCGCCAUAUUAAGAUUUUUAGUUGUCCUGACCCUAUUAGACAGUGAGGUUUAUGAUGAGAUGAACUCAAAUUCAUACAGAAAAAUAUCGGAACCGAUAACGAAUAUUAAUUCAAAAGACUCUAAUACUUUGAGCUGGGGCUCAGCAUCGAAGAAUCCAAGUAUUAAGCAUCUUACUCAUGGCUUGAAGAAACUUACUUUACAACAAGGCAGAAAGCGUAACGUUAAAUUUUUGACAUACUUAAUCAAGAAUUUGAACGGCGGACAAUUCGUUUCGGAUGUUUCCUUGAUUGAUUCUAUAAGGUCCAUUCUCUUUUUGAUGACAAUGACGUCUUCUAUAUCUCAAAUUGAUUCAAAUAUUGCUUCUGUCAUUUUCACGAAGAGAUUCUAUAAUCUAUUGGGCCAAAAUUUAGAAGUUGGUACCAAUUGGAACUCUGCCACUGCAAACACGUUUAUUCUACAUUGUAUCGAAAGGAAUUCAAUUUCUCAUAGGCGUUUGCAAUUAGAGUUUUUUGCAAGCGGUUUACAGCUAGAUCCAGAUUUGUUUUUGAGACAUUUACAAUUGGAAAGGGAGCUCAGCCAUAUAGACCUUCCUAAAAUAUCUUUAUACACUGAGGGAUUCAGGGUUUUUUUUCACUUGGUAAGCACCAAAAAACUUCAUGAAGAAAUUGCAGAAAAAACAUCCUCUUCGUUAAAAAGACUAUUCUGCAUAAUUGCUGAUAUUCUAUUGAAGGCAGCCCCUUCUUUUGACGAGAACGUAACUAAGAUAAUUGCUUCUAUAUUAGAUGGACACAUUUUGGAUCAAUUUGAUGCAGCGAGGAUACUUUCCAAUGACGAUCGUGCCAGUGUUGACGCUGCUACUAGCAUUUACACUGAGCCGGCCGAUAUCGUUCAUAAUUCUUCGAAUGCUUCAUUAGUUUCUUCACUUUCCCAAUCACCUUUAUCCUUUAACUCGGGUAUCAACAUUACCAAUGCACGCACAUGGGAAAUCCAAUCAAUUUUACCAACCUUGUCAAAUAGAUCAAGUGCUUCUGAUUUGAGCUUGUCGAAUGUUUUGACUAAUCCUGUGGAGUCGCAACAAAGCAAUAACACAAACAUAUUAACCCAUAGAUUAUCUGGAGUUCCCACUACCAAAAGAUAUGCGUCACCAAACGAUUCUGAAAGAUCACGACAAAGCCCAUAUUCUUCUCCCCCGCAAUUACAACAAAAUGAUUUGGCUUCUCCACUAUCAAUUCUUUCGUCAGGUGCUGUAUUUCCCUCAAGCCAUUCGAUGGCAGCAACUCCCACUAAUUUGAAGAACAUCAAAUCUCCAAAACCAAACAAGACAAAAAGAUUAGCGGAUGAUAAACAAUUGAGACAGCCUUCCCAUUUAAACGUAGUAUUAAGUGACAAUGACGAGGCAAGGAAGAUCAUGAUGAAUAUUUUUAGCAUUUUCAAAAGGAUGACAAACUGGUUUAUACGGCCAGAUGCCAAUACUGAAUUUCCGAAAACUUUUACCGAUAUAAUAAAACCGCUUUUUGUUGCUAUACUGGAUUCAAAUCAAAGAUUACAAGUGACAGCACAGGCCUUCAUUGAAAUUCCUCUAAGUUAUAUAGCUACAUUUGAAGAUGUUGAUAAUGAGCUCGACCCAAGAGUGCUGAACGAUCACUAUUUGUUAUGUACGUACGCUGUAACUUUGUUCGCAUCCGCGUUGUUUGACCUCAAGUUGGAAAAUGUUAAGAGAGAAAUGCUAUUAGAUAUUAUUGUUAAAUUUCAACGUGUCCGUUCUUAUUUAUCGAAUCUAGCAGAGAAGCACGAUCUUGUCCAGGCAAUCGUUACGACGGAGAGAUUGACGCUGCCAUUGCUAGUAGGUGCCAUUGGAAGCGGUAUUUUUAUUUCGCUAUAUUGCAGUCGUGGAAAUACUCCACGAUUAUUGAAAAUCUCAUGCGGUGAAUUCUUACAGUCUUUGAGAUUUUAUCAAAAAUACGUAGGAUCUCUAGACCAGUACUCCAUUUAUAAUAUCGAUUUCAUUGAUGCUAUGGCCCAAGACAAUUUUACUGCCUCAGGAUCAGUUGCUUUCCAGCGUCGUCUGAGAAAUAACAUCCUAACUUAUAUUAAAGGAUCCGACUCGAUACUUUUGGAUUCAAUGGAUGUGAUUUACAAAAAAUGGUUUUACUUUAGCUGUUCGAAAUCAGUUACUCAAGAGGAGUUAGUGGAUUUCAGAAGUCUGGCAGGUAUCCUCGCUUCAAUGUCAGGUAUCCUUUCCGACAUGCAAGAGUUAGAAAAAAACAAGAAUUCAUCGGUUAAUGGCGAAGACAGUUCAUCAUAUGAUUCAAGAAACCCCGCAUAUGAGGUUCAUAAUGAGCUGAAACUCGAACUAACGAAAAAGAUGAAUUACUUUGUUUCAAAACAAUGUCAAUGGCUGAAUAAUCCAAAUUUACUAACAAGAGAAAAUUCGAGGGAUAUUUUAAGCAUUGAACUGCAUCCUUUAUCUUUCAACCUAUUGUUUGAUAACUUGGGACUAAAAAUAGAUGAAUUAAUGUCAGUUGAUCUUUCAAAGCCACAUGAGGAUUCAUCAUUCGUUUUACUGGAGCAGAUUAUAAUCAUAGUAAGAACUAUAUUAAAGAGAGAUGAUGAUGAAAAAAUAAUGCUGUUGUUUUUAACAGACUUACUAGAUGCGGUUAAUAAAUUGACCGAAAUAGUGGAGAAGAUUUCUGUUAGGUCAUCCAAAUAUUAUAAGGGAAUUAUUCAAAUGUCUAAGAUGCUCAGAGCAUUCGAGCAUUCUGAAAUGAACCUAGGUAUUUCAAACCAUUUUCAUUUAAAGAAUAAAUGGUUAAAACUUGUUAUCGGCUGGUUCAAAUUGUCUAUUAGUAAAGAUUUUGAUUUUGAAAACUUGUCAAAACCCUUAAGGGAGAUGGAUUUGCUGAAGAGGGAUGAAGAUUUUUUAUACAUUGACACUUCUAUUGAAUCCGCAAAAGCAUUGGCUUAUCUGACACGCAAUGUUCCAUUAGAAGUACCACCUUCAACUUCCAAAGAAGAUUGGAACAGAUCGUCUACGGUAUCAUUUGGUAAUCAUUUUACUAUAUUGUUGAAAGGUUUGGAAAAAAGUGCUGACUUGAACCAGUUUCCAGUCUCAUUGAGGCAUAAGAUUAGUAUACUUAAUGAAAAUGUAAUCAUUGCAUUGACAAAUCUGUCUAAUGCCAAUGUCAACGUUUCUUUGAAAUUCACUUUACCAAUGGGUUAUUCUGCUAAUAAGGAUAUCAGGAUUGCUUUUUUAAGAGUUUUCAUUGAUAUUGUGUCCAACUAUCCAAUUAAUCCUGAAAAACAUGAAAUGGAUAAAACGUUGGCGAUGGAUGAUAUGCUGAAGUAUAUAAUUAAAAAUCCCAUACUGGUGUUUUUCGGAAGCUUGGCUUGUUCACCUGCCGAUGUUGAUUUAUAUGCUGGUGGAUUUUUAAACGCUUUUGAUACACGGAAUGCUUCUCAUAUUCUUGUUACUGCACUACUAGAACAAGAAAUUAAACGAGCUGCGAGGUCUGACGAUAUCCUGAGAAGAAAUAGUUGUGCAACGAGGGCCUUGUCACUUUAUACCAGAUCAAGAGGUAACAAUUAUUUGAUAAAAACAUUGAGACCUGUUUUACAAGAAAUAGUUGACAAUAAGGAGUCUUUUGAAAUUGAAAAGAUGAAACCAGGGUCCGAAAACUCUGAGAAGAUGUUAGAUUUAUUUGAAAAGUACAUGACAAAACUGGUUGAUGCAAUUACACACUCUAUUGAUGAUUUUCCAAUAGAAUUGGUUGAUAUAUGUAAAACAAUUUACAAUUCUGCGAGUGUUAAUUUCCCGGAGUACGCCUAUAUUGCAGUGGGGUCAUUCGUUUUCUUGAGAUUCAUAGGACCUGCUUUGGUAAGCCCUGAUUCGGAAAAUAUCAUUAUUGUGAUGCACGCUCAUGACAGAAAGCCUUUUAUUACGCUGGCUAGAGUUAUUCAAAGUUUAGCCAAUGGCAGGGAAAAUGUUUUUAAAAAAGAUAUUCUAGCUUCAAAAGAAGAGUUUUUGAAAACCUGCAGUGACAAAAUAUUCAAUUUCUUGUCAGAACUAUGCAAAAUACCAACUGAAAGUUUUAUCGUUAAUAUAAGAGAAGAUCCAACUCCAAUUAGUUUUGAUUAUUCAUUUUUGCAUAAAUUCAUUUAUCUUAAUGAAUUUAAUAUAAGAAAAGAAAUCAUUAAAGAAUCCGAUUUACCGGGGGAAUUUAGCUUUUUAAAGGAUACUGCUAUGCUCAAUGAUAAAAUUCUUGGUGUACUGGGUCAACCUAGGAUGGAAAUAAAAAACGAAAUUCCUCCUUUUGUAGUCGAGAACCGGGAAAAAUAUCCCUCAUUGUAUGAAUUCAUGAGUCGUUACGCUUUUAAAAAAGUGGAUAUGAAGGAAGAAGAGGAAGACAAUACACCGUUUGUUCAUGAAGCGAUGACUUUGGACGGUAUACAAAUCUUAGUUGUAACUUUUACCAACUGCGAGUACAAUAAUUCAACCAUGGACUCGCUGGUUUAUAAAGUUCUACAACUAUAUGCCAGAAUGUGGUGCUCUAAACAUUACGUGGUUGUUGAUUGUACCACGUUUUAUUCGGGCAAAGCAAAUUUUCAGAAAUUAACCACAUUGUUUUUUGGUUUAAUACCAGAGCAAGCAUCAAAUAACUGUAUGGGAUGUUAUUAUUUUAACGCCAACCAAUCAUUUAUGGAUCAAUGGACUGCUGCGUAUACGGUAGAAAACCCGUACUUGGUCACUAAUAUCCCACACUGUUUUAUCAACAGUAGUACUGAUCAAAAUCUGAUAAAAUCGCUAGGGUUAAGUGGUAGGAGUUUGGAAGUCUUGAAGGAUGUACGAGUUACUUUACAUGAUAUUACCCUUUAUGACAAAGAGAAGAAAAAGUUUUGUCCUGUAUCUUUGAAAAUUGGUAACAAAUACUUCCAGGUCCUUCAUGAGAUUCCUCAGCUGUACAAGGUCGAUAUAUUAAAGAAGACAUUAAGUAUAAAAUUCAACAACGUUUACAAGAUAUCAGACUUAAUUUCUGUCGAUGUCUCUAGUACCACAGGCGUUUCCUCGGAAUUUACCUUAAGUCUUUACGAUGAAGAAAAGUUGGUCUUCUGUAGCCCUAAGUACCUAGAAAUUGUGAAAAUGUUUUAUUAUGCCCAACUAAAGAUGGAAGAAGAAUUUGGUACGGAUUUCUCGAAUGAUAUUUCAUUCUCAACAUCCUCUUCUGCAACGAAUGCUUCCGAUUGCAACGUAAAAGAAGUUGGCGAAAUCAUAUCCCAUUUAUCGCUGGUAAUCCUUGUGGGGCUAUUUAACGAAGAUGAUCUCGUCAAGAAUAUAUCAUAUAAUCUGCUCGUGGCGACGCAAGAAGCAUUCGAUUUGGAUUUCGGAAUAAGACUUCACAAAUCCCCAGAAACAUAUGUGCCGGAUGAUACCACCACGUUCUUGGCCCUAAUUUUCAAGGCUUUCUCAGAAUCUUCAGCAGAACUAACUCCCUAUAUAUGGAAGUAUAUGUUAGAUGGCCUUGAGAAUAAUGUAAUUCCUCAAGAACAUAUUCCUACGCUUGUCUGUUCACUGUCAUACUGGGUUCCAAACUUAUAUGAACAUGUAUAUUUGGCUAAUGACGAAGAGGGCCCUGAAUCAAUUUCGCGUAUAAUUUACAGCUUAAUUAGGUUGACAGUAAAGGAGCCAAAUUUCACGACAGCCUACCUUCAACAAAUAUGGUUUUUACUGGCUUUGGAUGGUCGUCUCACGAACAUUAUAGUCGAAGAAAUAGUAAGCCAUGCGCUGGAUAGAGAUUCAGAAAACAGGGACUGGAUGAAAGCUGUCUCGAUACUAACCAGUUUUCCGACAACAGAAAUUGCUUGCCAAGUAAUAGAAAAAUUAAUUAAUAUGAUUAAAUCAUUCUUACCCUCUCUUGUAGUUGAGGCUUCCGCACACAGUUGGUCUGAGCUUACUAUCCUAUCAAAAAUCAGUGUAUCAAUUUUUUUCGAGUCACCUUUACUUUCUCAGAUGUAUCUACCGGAAAUUCUCUUUGUUGUGUCUUUGUUAAUUGAUGUCGGUCCUUCAGAAAUAAGAGUUUCAUUGUAUGAGCUGCUGAUGAAUGUUUGUCAUUCUUUAACCAACAAUGAAUCUUUGCCUGAAGGAAAUAGAAAAAAUUUGGAUAUAGUCUGUGCAACCUUUGCUCGUCAAAAAUUAAACUUUAUUUCUGGUUUUAGUCAAGAAAAAGGAAGAGUUUUGCCAAAUUUCGCUGCUUCAUCCUUCUCUAGUAAGUUUGGAACGUUAGAUCUUUUCACCAAGAACAUUAUGCUGUUAAUGGAAUAUGGUUCUAUUUCAGAGAGCGCUCAAUGGGAAACAAAAUAUAAGAAAUAUUUGAUGGACGCGAUAUUUGGCCAACGGUCCUUCUUUUCUGCAAGAGCCAUGAUGAUACUAGGUAUUAUGAGUAAGUCUCACACAUCCCUUUUUCUUUGUAAAGAACUUCUAGUUGAAACUAUGAAGGUCUUUGCUGAGCCAAUAGUGGAUGAUGAGCAGAUGUUUAUUAUUAUAGCUCAUGUUUUCACCUAUAGCAAAGUUGUUGAAGGGUUAGACUCCUCUUCUGAUUUAAUGAAGGAGCUCUUUUGGCUUGCUACAAUCUGUGUGGAGUCCCCUCAUCCUCUACUCUUCGAGGGGGGGUUACUAUUCAUGGUAAAUUGUUUAAAGCAAUUGUACACAGUCCAUUUGCAACUUGGUUUUACUGGCAAAUCGCUAGCAAGGAAACUAAUGGAAUCUCGGAAGUUUGCUGCGACGCUUUUAACGAAAUUAGAGUCAUAUAAUGGUUGUAUAUGGAACGAAGAUAAUUUUCCCCAUAUUAUCUUAGGAUUCAUUGCAAACGGGUUAUCUAUUCCUGUCGUUAAAGGAGCCGCAUUAGACUGUCUACAGGCCCUUUUCAAAAAUACUUAUUAUGAAAGAAAAUCCAACCCGAAAUCUUCAGACUAUCUUUGUUACCUUUUUUUGCUACAUUUGGUGUUGAGUCCCGAACAACUUUCUACUUUGCUGCUUGAAAUCGGCUUCGAAGAUGAACUGGUCCCUUUGAAUAAUACUCUUAAAGUGCCAUUGACUCUGAUCAACUGGCUCAGUUCAGACUCAGAAAAGUCUAAUAUAGUACUAUAUCAAGGAGCACUGGUAUUUAGUUGUGUUAUGUCAGAUGAACCAUGUAAGUUUCGCUUCGCCCUAUUAAUGAGGUAUUUGUUAAACGUCAACCCCAUUUGUGUCUUCAGGUUUUAUAUGUUAACUAGAAAGGAACUCAGGAGGUUAUCAACUCUAGAACAAUCGUCUGAAGCGGUCACUCUCUCAUUUGAACUGAUUGGUAUGCUUGUUACGCACAAUGAGUUUAAUUAUUUAGAAGAAUUUAAUGAUGAAAUGGUCAACCUUUUGAAAAAGAGAGGCUUGUCAGUUGUGCAGCCGCUGGAUAUUUUUGAUCAGGAUCAUUUGGAUAAGCUAAAGGGAGAGGGUGAUCACCAUGUAGCUAUUUAUGAGAGAAAAAGACUGGCAACAAUGAUAAUAGCAAGAAUGUCGUGCUCCUAG